AUGUCUGAACCUGAAGCACAGUGUGCCCUCAACCCAGACGGGUCUCUAAAGGAUGCCAAAGACAUCGUUUUUUACAACGAUCCUGAUGAUGCCGUCCCCAUUUCCACUCCAUCCUCUGCCCAACCCCCCACAGACGCCUUCUCUGUGCUACUGCAGACUGGAUGCAAACCAGUGCCACUUACUGCAGGUGCUCGACGCUCCAUUCGCACCUCUAAACCUUCUGCGCGCCUUCGUGAUUCCGACAAUGCUUGUUCUUCAACAAGCCGCAAGCGCACAUUAUCUAGUGCAACCGAGCAACUAGUUAGGAAGAAGGUUGUGUUACAGCUCUCCGCUCCAUUAUCAGACGAUGAAGACUCUCAUGCAGCUGGUGCUGACACGGAUAUUGAUACUGACCACGGUGCUGGUCAAUCAGAUGAGGCCAAGGACGACGAUGUACCAGCACCUGAGGACGAACCUGAGGACGAACCCGAAGAUCUUCAAGACACCACCAUCCGAGCCACUUUAUCAAAGAGUGAGCGCACCGCUGAUAUUCGAACAAUCUUCACUCAUGAUGACAAACAUUGGGUCUGCAAACCUUGCAGGGAUGCUGGUGAACUUGAAGGCAAGUACACGUUUCGCGGAGGUAUCUCUACACUACGCACGCACAUUUGUCGGUAUGUUCACGUCUUCUUUCUCUUGAAUGAUCACUAA